AUGGCAGCUGAAAUAGCACAUCAUCUUGCUCUCAACACAGAGCCAGACUUUUCGGUUAUGAAUAACGAUUAUUCCCUUGGCCACGAACAACGGCAAGAUAACAGACAUGCAGAGCUUAAUACAAAAAUGCAAUUCUUAAAGUUCAAAAUGGAUGAGAUUCUAAAGCAAGACUUCAAUUUUCUUUUGGAUCGUAUAUGUUCUCUUAUGAAUUUCAAAGCUCAGUCAAUAAAGAGCAUAGCACAAAUUAACCCAACCAGUGCAGCUCGAAUACUUCUCAAUCGAGAAGACAUAUUUGCUUUACCAGCAGGAGAUGUACUGAUGAUAUCGAAAUGUAAAGAGAUUGUUGUCGAUGAAAUUAUAUUCGAUCAUAAUGUAAAUGGAAUUUGCUACACUUAUACCCCAGUGAGGUCUGGAAAAACAUUUUAUUUUAUAUACCCAGGUACACGUGACCUCGUCAAAGCUAGUCCCAGAGCAGACUGUGGUCACUUACCAUUUGGUAUCUAUAAUGAUGGAAAUAAUCACUAUAGAUCCCCUUCAGGUUAUGCACAAGUAACUAACAUACAUUUAAAUCUGCCUAACCAUUUGACGAGCGAAAAUUUUGUUUUCAAUGCUCCACCCAUCUUUCAUUCGGAUCUGGCUAGAAUCUCAACCGACAUAUACCUUAUCAAGAAUCGUCUCAACUCAAUGGAUAAUCUGUAUACCAUACAGUCUAAAUCAUCUCCGGGCGAAUUAGAUUCAAUAUCGGAUCAACUAGGACAGGAAUUAACGGACACAGCACACUUCUUGGAAUCGAACGCAGGAGAGCUUCUUCAAUCUCAGAAGAAGAAAAUCCUCGAAUCACUAGGUCUUCAUAGCAUUGUCAGAACGAUCGUCAUAGUAUCGAUUUGUCUACUUUUCUUCCGGAAUAGCAAUCUUGUAUUGCCAGACAGCAUUAAUCCGAAUCCCACUCAACUUACUUUUUGGAAUCAUUGGCAAGAUCAUAUCAUUUAUUUUCGCCUCCAUCUGCAAGAAGCGAAAGUCCACCCAGCAGAAUGCUUCGUCUGGAAACAGUCUCCCAACUGUGAUUGCAAGGAAGCAAGCAAGAUCGGAAAGAAUCACUGA